AUGUUAAAUCAGCCAGAGAUGCUUGAAAAGGCAACAAAAGAAAUCGAUAGAGUUGUUGGCAACAACACCACACUCCUCCAAGAAUCUCACAUCCCUAAGCUCCAUUACCUAAUUGCAUGUGUAAGAGAAGCUCUUCGCCUCCACCCAGUUGCACCCUUCAAUGUCCCACAUGUCUCUACUUCAGACUGCACUGUAGCUGGCUACUUCAUUCCCAAGGGCAGCAACGUCCUCCUCAGCCGCUUGGGCCUCGGCCACAACCCUACUGUAUGGGAUCAACCCUUGCGCUUCAAUCCAGAUCGCCAUCUUCAUGAGAAGAGAUGUGACUUGUCAGAGACGGAUCUUCGAUUUAUUAGCUUUACCACAGGGAGGAGAGGGUGCAUUGGAGGGGAGCUGGGAACGAACAUGACAGUCAUGCUUUUGGGAAGACUAUUGCAAGGUUUUAAAUGGACGAUUCCUGAAGGAAUGGAGAGCAUAGAUUUGAGUACUGAAGAAAGCUCGAUGUUUAAGGCUAAACCAUUGUAUGCCCAUGCAGGACCUCGCUUGAAUCCUUCUCUCUAUUUGUCAUUAUCAUCAACAUUAUUGGAUUAG